GGAAGGCAGCAGGGGAAGAGAGUCUAUUCUUAAAACAGAAAAGUCGCCUCGGACUAGAAUAACUUUAUUUUCCCCGUCCCUAGAUUUUGUUUUUUGUAAACGCACAAAAACUUAAUCGACCCCCCCCCCCAUUUCCACAGCUAACUUUUUUGUCGGAACUUUCAGAUUUGUUUUAAUAACAAAAAUUUAACCACUUUUUUUUGGCGUGUCUUUUUUUUGCGCGAUAUAUAAAUUUUAACGCGAAUUUCGUACUUUUUUUGGAAGGUGUUUUUACAAAAAAAAAGUUUUUUUUCUGUAAGAAAAGUUACUUUUUUUUAAUACACUCGCUCAGAAACUUUUUUUUUUAAAAAAGCAUUUUUGUUUUGCACACACCCAGGAAGCCACACAUACCCUCCCUCUGCCAUAAAGUUUUAGGAGCGAUUUUCUGACGGCUUACUUUCAGGUGGAAAUUCCCGGGCAAUGGCGGCGAUUCACCGAGCGGCGUAUCACCUCCUCCUGCUGCUGAUGCUCACAGACUUUGACGAAGCAUGUGUCAACAAAUCUGUUGAUGUAACUGUGCAGAACCCAGACGUUAAACAAGAACAAAUAAUUUCAAAAGUGAAUUUAGAACAUUGUCAAAAAGAUAUAUUACAAAUAAGCACCGAUGAUCCAGAUUUUGCUGUGAAGCUUGAUGGCUCCUUACGUGCAACUCGAGCUCUGCAUAUCAGUGAACAACGGAGUUUUAAGAUUAAUGUACAAGAUGCAGUGACCAUGGCGCAUUGCACAAUUCGAGUGCAUUUGUUGAUUCAGCCAAACCCACAGCAUAAAUUAGGAGAACUCAUUCGAUUCCGACGUGCGGUUGUACUGCGACGUCAGAAACGGAGGUGGAGACCUCUUCCGUUUUCUGUCACUGAGAAUGAUCCUGGACCUUACCCCAAGUAUGUUCAAACUAUAAAAUCCGAGUUUGAGCAGAACUAUACGUUGUCCUACAAAAUUACUGGGGAAGGAGUGGAUUGCCCUCCUUUGGGUUUUUUCGAGAUCGACCCCAAGACUGGUAAAAUAUUUGUGUUGAAGCCUGUGGAUCGUGAAGAGUACCAAUCAUUUAAACUGAUUGGAACAGCAAGAACUAAGGAGGGAUUUUUUCCUGAAUAUCCUCUUGAUCUGACUGUUAAAGUAAAUGACGAGAAUGAUAAUACCCCGAAAUUUACUGAAGAGCAGUUCAGUGCAAAUGUAGCUGAAGGUUCACCAGUUGGUACGUCUUUCUAUAAGCUUAAUGCUACUGACCUUGAUGAGCCCAAUACCUUAAAUACGAUGCUUCGUUACAAGAUUCUGUUACAGGAGCCAUCCUCAAAGUUUGGACAACUGUUCUCUGUUGAUGAGCUCACAGGCGAACUUAAAACCAAGUCCGAUAAACUAGACCGCGAAGAGCAGGACACUUACACACUCUCGGUCGAGGUGAGAGACCUGGAUGGGAAAUCUUAUGGACUAUCUUCUCCAGGAACUGUUAUUGUGCACGUUACCGAUGUGAAUGACCAUGCUCCGACAUUUAAGGUCAACAAAUAUACCGUUUAUGCUAACGAGAGUGUAAGUGAUGUGAUGAUCCUCCGAAUGACAGUUAUUGAUCAGGACUUGGAGAACACAAACGCAAGCAGAGCUGUGUUCACUAUCAUUAAUGGGGACAGCAAUGGAAAUUUUAAAGUUGUAACUGAUCCCAAGACCAAUGAUGGUCUCUUGUACAUUGUAAAGCCCUUGGAUCAUGAGAAAACACAAACAAUCCCAUUGGAAAUUGCAGUGGAAAAUGAGGUUCCACUGAUUGGAAUUUCUGCCUCUAGACAAACUGCUUCAGUAGUAGUCAAUGUUGUGAAUGUAGACGAAGGUCCAGAAUUUGAGCCUGCUGUCAAACAAAUCUGGACAAAGGAGAAUGUGGAAAUUGGGAGAAUUUUGGGCUCAUAUGUAGCAAGGGAUCCUGAGACUCAAAGCAGCGAUGGCAUCAGGUACAGGAAACUAAAUGAUCCUGCAGAUUGGGUUUCCAUUGAUUCACAAACUGGUGAGAUCAAAACUACUGCUGUGUUGGACAGAGAGUCUAAAUUUGUAAAACAUAAUAAGUACAAUGUUACGGUUCUGGCCAUAGAAAACAGAGCUCCUCGAAGGACAGGAACUGGGACAGUGGUGAUAAACCUGGAUGAUGUGAAUGACCACAUUCCACUGAUCCAAACCGAUCAGUUGUAUAUUUGUGAGAAUGGCCAGCACGAGUUUGCCAAUGUGUCGGCUGAGGAUUCUGAUGUGGCGCCUAACUCUGCUCCGUUUAUAUUUACGCUGCCAGAUGAGCCACCAGAAAUCAAGAAGAAAUGGGUGAUCACCAAUCAAAUGGGAUCCUAUGCCUUUAUAAAACCAGUAAAUAAACUUCCUCCUGGUUAUUAUGAAUUUCCUGUUAUGAUUGUGGACCAGCAGCACCAAGGAAAAGAACAAACCCUGAAGAUUACAAUCUGCGAAUGCCCUAACAAUGUAAAUUGUGCAGAUAGACUUGCAUCUGGAAGUGCAGUGCUUGGAGGAAUGGGAAUUCUCGUGAUGUUGUUGGCUGCAUUGCUACUGCUUUGUUUGCUCCUGGCUGCAGUUGCUUUGUAUUGCGGAGGUGGUAAAGUACCACGACCUUCGAUACCUCCAGGUCAAUAUCAACAAAGUCUCAUCGUCUCUAAUGAUGAGGGCGGAGGUCAACAAGAUAAGAACCUUGAUGCACUGGACAUCAAUCUGUCUCAGAAACGUCAUGCAUCUCAAAGUGACCAGCUUUUUGGCAACCAAGAAACAAGUUUUGAACAACAGGCCCAACUCCCUUCUGCCUACGUGGAUGGAGUGCAAGAAACGCAUUUAGGAAUGAAGACAUUUGAUGAAACGGUGAAUACAAGUGGUGGAGGUAUUUAUGAGUCAUUGAGAAGACAUCACACACACCAUCUCCAGACCAACAUGAUGCAUCAAGAUUCGACCACGAUAGACACUUGCUUACUGAAUCGGAGAAACAGUCACCAUCUGAUGGAUCUCCUUCGUUCACGCGUUGACCAGGUAAAUGGUACAGUUUCACACCACCUUGAUCUGCAAAGCCUUGUACCCUGUAACUUUCACAGGAGUAAGCCCUUUAAGCUAUAUCUGUAUCCUGUUGUUUUGAUGCACAGAAGAGGGUCAGGCAGAAGCAGGGACAGAGAGUAA